AUGAUUCUAACAGACAUAAAUCUAACUUCUGUGGUCACAUUCACUCUCUUGGGCUUCUCAGAUUACCCUGAACUGCAGAUUCCUCUAUUCUUGUUGUUUUUGGCAAUCUACAGCUUCAGUGUGGUAGGGAACCUAGGGAUGAUUAUGAUAAUCAAGAUUAACCCCAAGCUGCACACCCCCAUGUACUUCUUCCUCAGCCACCUCUCCUUUGCAGAUUUCUGCUAUUCCUCCAUCAUUGCUCCCAAGAUGCUGGUGAACCUUGUUGCAGAAGACAAGACCAUUUCAUUUUCAGGAUGUAUAAUGCAGUUCUUUUUCUUUUGCACAUUUGUAGUGACUGAACUAAUUCUAUUUGCUGUGAUGGCUUAUGAUCGCUUUGUGGCUGUCUGUAACCCCCUACUGUACACAGUUGUCAUGUCACAGAGGCUCUGUGCACUGCUAGUGCUUGGGUCAUAUACAUGGGGGGUGGUGUGCUCACUGACACUUACCUGUUCUGCUUUAAAUUUAUAUUUUCGGGGUUUCAACACAAUUAAUCACUUCUUCUGUGAACUGUCAUCCCUAAUAGCCCUCGCUUGCUCUGAUUCUCACCUCACCCAGAUACUGCUUUUUAUUGUUGCCACUUUCAAUGAGAUAAGCACACUGCUCAUCAUUCUUACAUCAUAUUUGUUCAUUAUUGUCACUGCCCUGCAAAUGCAUUCAUCUAGUGGGCACCGCAAAGUCUUCUCUACCUGUGCUUCCCACAUGACAGCCAUCACCAUCUUCCAUGGAACCAUAUUGUUCCUCUACUGUGUGCCCAAUUCCAAGAACUCCAGGCACACUGUCAAAGUGGCUUCUUUGUUUUACACAGUGGUGAUCCCCAUGCUGAACCCCUUGAUCUACAGUCUAAGAAAUAGAGAUGUCAAAGACACAGUCAGUAAAAUAAUGAAUGUAAGAUCUUUUUCUCGGUGA